GGGACGGGCUCUGCUUUAAAGCAGCGGGCGGGUUUAGGAGCGAUCCGCGGCGUUGCGGGGUCCGGUGGCCGCAGAGGCAGCGCAGGCUGCGGGAAGCCUCGGCUGCCCCGCUCCGGUUUAACGGUACCCCGGCGGCCGAACGGCUGCGACCGGACCCGACCCCGCCCGUUCGGUGCCGGAGCGGAGGCUCGGGGGCGGUGCCGAGCCCGGGACAGCGAAGGGCCGGCGGGGUGCGGAGCGGCGGGUGCCGAGCUGGGGUGUGACUGGCGCGGGACGGGGGCGGGAACGGCGGGUGUUCCGGUUGUUCUGCGAGGCCGCGUCAGUCAGUCGGGCAGAGCCGAGGCUGAGCCGAGGCCCCUCAGCCGCCGGGCACACAGCGCUCCCGGCACCGGCGCCGGGCCCCAUCGGGCUGCCGGUGCGGGCGGGUGACGGCUUGCGGGUAGCUGGGGGUGCUGCUGGGGCUGUACCUGAGGAUGUGGCUGUAGCUGCUGGGGCUGUACCUGAGGACGUGGCUGUAGCUGGUGGGGCUGUAUCUGAGGUCGUGGCUGUAGCUGGGGGUGCUGCUGGGGCUGUACCAGAGGAUGUGGGUGUAGCUGGUGGUGCUGCUGGGGCUGUACCUGAGGAUGUGGGUGUAGCUGGUGGUGCUGCUGGGGCUGUACCUGAGGAUGUGGCUGUAGCUGGUAGUGGUGCUGCUGGGGCUGUACCUGAGGAUGUGGCUGUAGCUGGUGGUGCUGCUGGGGCUGUACCUGAGCACGUGGGUGUAGCUGGGGGCGGUGCUAGUGGGGCUGUGCCUGAGGUCGUGGCUGUAGCUGCUGGGGCUGUACCUGAGGUCGUGGCUGUACCUGGCAGUGCUGCUGGGGCUGUAGCUGAGGUCGUGGCUGUAGCUGCUGGGGCUGUAGCUGAGGUCGUGGCUGUACCUGGCGGUGCUGCUGGGGCUGUAGCUGAGGUCGUGGCUGUAGCUGGUGGUGCUGCUGGGGCUGUACCUGAGGAUGUGGGUGUAGCUGGUGUUGCUGCUGGGGCUGUACCUGAGCACGUGGGUGUAGCUGGGGGCGGUGCUAGUGGGGCUGUGCCUGAGGUCGUGGCUGUAGCUGGUGGGGCUGUAGCUGAGGUCGUGGCUGUAGCUGGCAGUGCUGCUGGGGCUGUAGCUGAGGUCGUGGCUGUAGCUGGCAGUGCUGCUGGGGCUGUUCCUGAGGUCGUGGCUGUACCUGGCAGUGCUGCUGGGGCUGUAGCUGAGGAUGUGGCUGUACCUGGCGGCGCUGCUGCUGGGGCUGCUCCUGCUGCGGCGGUGGCACCGGGAGCGCCAGACGGUGCCGGGGCUGUGCGAGAAGCACGUGCUGAUCACGGGCUGCGACAGCGGCUUCGGGAACCUGCUGGCUCGGCAGCUGGACGCGCGGGGGCUGCGGGUGCUGGCCGCCUGCCUGACCCAGCCAGGGGCCGAGCGGCUGCGGGCGGCCGCCUCGCCGCGCCUGCACACCGUCCUCCUGGAUGUCACCUCCAGCCGCAGCAUCGCCGCCGCCGCCGCCUGGGUGCGGGAGCGUGUGGGUGACCGAGGGCUCUGGGGGCUGGUGAACAACGCGGGCGUCUCCGUCCCCACUGGCCCUAACGAGUGGCUGACCAAGGAUGACUUCACCAAGGUGCUGAACGUCAACCUGCUCGGCCUGAUCGAGGUGACGCUGAGCCUGCUGCCCCUGGUGCGGCGGGCACGGGGCCGGGUGGUCAACGUGUCCAGCGUCAUGGGCCGCGUCUCCUUCUUUGGCGGGGGGUACUGCAUCUCCAAGUUCGGUGUGGAGGCCUUCUCUGACAGCCUCAGGCUUGAGAUGGAGCACUUUGGGGUGAAGGUCAGCGUGAUCGAGCCAGGCUACUUCAAGACAGCAGUCACCAGCUGUGAGAACCUGCAGAAACAGUUCCUUUCCCUCUGGGAGAAGGUCCCAGAAGAAAUCAAACUGGCUUACGGGGACAAUUACUGCAAGAAGUCCAUGGAAGCAGUUGAAAAGCUGCAGAAGACCUGCAAAUCCGACCUGACGCUGGUGACGGACUGCAUGGAGCACGCGCUGACCAGCCGCCACCCCCGCAGCCGCUACUCCGCCGGCUGGGACGCCAAGCUGCUCUACAUCCCCCUCAGCUACCUGCCUACAGCCUUCACUGACACUUUCUACAGGUGUUUCUACCCCAAGCCUGGCCAGAAAGCCUAAGGCAGGGUGGCAGCAUAGGCUGGAGAGCAGCAGCCCAGGUGCUGUCAGCGCAGAGCGGGACGUGGUGUCUCCUGCAGCCGAGCCCGUGGCAACAGGCUCCUGAAUUCCCAGCUGGGUGCAGGUCUCGCACCCACUGUGCUCUGCUGCUGGCUGCUUUGCUUCUGAAUAAAGACAACUCCUUCUCCUGCC